GAAACACCCAAAAGUAGUAGCUUCUACGCACGCACACGCACACAUAAGCUGCAGUGCCAGCAUCUGUAGCGUUGCUGAGGGCGAUCUGUGGUGCGUUACGCCGCAUCUCCCACUGCUCCUUGGACCUUGACGGUUAAGCCUGUGACAGUCAUGAGGUUAGCAACGUCUGGGUGCGCGUCCGCUUCCACUAGAAGGUCUUUCAAUUCCGCAAUCCUCGCUGGCACGCGCAGCUUUACCAGCACACAUUCUCUCCUCAGCGGCACUUUCCAUUACCGCAAAACGCGCGUUGCCUCUGAGGACGCCGUCGAUCCGCUUGCAAAGCCGUCGAGCAUCGAUAAGGCCGCCCUGCAUGUCGUCUCUAUUCCAAUCGGGAAUUUGAAAGACUUCACCUUGCGCUCCCUCGACGUGUUGCGUGGGGUAGACUACAUCAUCACGACGGACCGCCCCGCGACCAAGACGCUGCUGGACCUCGUCAACAUUCCCAACCAAGGCCGGGUGAUUCACUACAGUCGCAGCAACCGGACAGCCACGCGGGAGAAGCUGGUGGAGCUGCUGAAGGGCGGACGCAGUAUGGCCUUCGUGACGACCAGCGGCACCCCGUGCGUGGGCGACGUGGGCGGAGAGCUGGUGCAGGAGAUGCAGCGCAGUGGGGUGCGCGUGACGGCCGUGCCUGGCGCGUCUGCGGUGAUGAGUGCGUUGGCCGCCUCGGGACUUACCACAUCGCCGUACGAGUCCCCAGACCGAACAAAAGCGGCCGACGACGGCGACAGACUCGUGCCACCGUCUUUCCAAGACGGUUCCUUUUUCUUUGGCAAUGUCCUGCCCGACUCGCACGGGGCACGGCUGCUGCUGCUGCGCUCAGUGGUGGCGCCCGCUACUUACCCCUGCGUCUUCUACGAGGUGCCGCGCAGGCUUCUGCUGGUGCUGCAGGACAUUGCCGCUGCUCUUCCGCACCGCCGCGUGUACGUGAUGCAUGAGCUGACAAAGCUGAACGAGUCAGUGCACGCCGACACGGCGGAGCGGCUUGUCGCGUUCUACCUGCGCCAAGAAGCACAGCUGCUGCUGCGCAAAGGACAGCUGGUGUUGGUGGUGGCCGGUGCCGGCCCAGUAGAGACGGCGGCGUGGCUGGCGAAGGAGGCGGCGAAGCGGCAGCGACUGCGCCGUCCGCUGAAAGAGCUGAUGCAGGCAUCUGCCCGCCCGUCGACGGAGGGAAAAGCCACCCAGCAAAACAAGGCGCCGCCUGCAAAGCAGAAGGCAAUAAAGACACAACGCCGAAAAGCACGAUUAGAAUUGAGACGUGCACGGCGUAAGGCGAAGCGAGCCAAUUUGAUCCGCGCGAUCGAAGCGGAGCAGGAGCGGCUGCGGAUGCACCUCGCUAUCAACCGAAACGACGCACGCCGCCUCGAUUGA